AUGAAUGAAAAAAAAGAAAAAAAAAAUUGGGAUGCUGCACGGAGAGUUUCUGAGAGUUUCUCCGUUCUGAGAGUUUCUCCGUGCUGCACGGAGAGUACCAACAGGUUGGGUUGGAGCAGGAACUAUGCAGCGAAAGACAUUAGAUUUGGAGUGGAGGCAAGGGCUUUGAUGCUUAAGGGUGUUGAAGAGCUCGCUGAGGCAGUUAAAGUCACCAUCGGCCCAAAGGGGCGUAAUUUAGUGAUUGAGCAAAGUUGGGGUGCCCCUAAAGUGACAAAGGAUGGUGUCACCGUGGCAAAGAGCAUUGACUUCAAGGACAAAGUCAAAAACAUUGGUGCGAGCCUUGUAAAGCAGGUUGCAAAUGCCACCAAUGAUGUUGCUGGUGACAGUACUACAUGUGCUACUGUCCUAACCUGUGCAAUAUUUACAAAGGGCUGCAAGUCAGUUGCUGCUGGCAUGAACUUUAGACGAGGUAUUUCCAUGGCUGUUGAUGCUGUGGUUACAAAUUUAAAGAGCAGAGCACGGAUGAUAAGUACAUCGGAGGAAAUUGCUCAGGUUGGGACAAUCUCUGCAAAUGGAGAAAGAGAAAUUGGAGAGCUGAUUGCAAAGGCUAUGGAAAGGGUUGGCAAAGAGGGUGUCAUCACCAUUCAAAUUGGAAGUAGGUUGGGUUGGAGCAGGAACUAUGCAGUGAAAGACAUUAGAUUUGGAGUGGAGGCAUGGGCUUUGAUGCUUAAGGGUGUUGAAGAACUCGCUGAGGCAGUUAAAGUCACCAUGGGCCCAAAGGAUGGUGUCACCGUGGCAAAGAGCAUUGAAUUCAAGGACAAAGUCAAAAACAUUGAUGCGAGCCUUGUAAAGCAGGUUGCAAAUGCCACCAACGAUGUUGCUGGUGACGGUACUACAUGUGCUACUGUCCUAACCUGUGCAAUAUUUACUGAGGGCUGCAAGUCAGUUGCUGCUGGCAUGAACUCAAUGGAUCUUAGACGAGGUAUUUCCAUGGCUGUUGAUGCUGUGGUUACAAACUUAAAGAGCAGAGCACGGAUGAUAAGUACAUCGGAGGAAAUUGCUCAGGUUGGGACAAUCUCUGUAAAUGGAGAAAGAGAAAUUGGAGAGCUGAUUGCAAAGGCUAUGGAAAGGGUUGGCAAAGAGGGUGUCAUCACCAUUCAAAUCAAGUCAGCUUAG